GGCAGGUGAAUCCCAGGUGACAGGGCUCUGUCUGUGAUCUCUCCUCAGGAACAGGACAUUGAAACCCUACAUGGCUCCCUGCAUGUCACACUGUGUGGGACCCCCAAGGGCAAUCGUCCAGUCAUCCUCACUUACCACGACAUCGGCAUGAACCACAAGACCUGCUACAACCCGCUCUUCAACUCCGAGGACAUGCAGGAGAUCACACAACAUUUUGCUGUCUGCCAUGUGGAUGCCCCUGGCCAACAGGAUGGUGCCCCGUCCUUCCCAGCGGGGUACAUGUACCCCUCCAUGGAUCAGCUGGCUGAAAUGCUUCCUGGAGUCCUUCACCAGUUUGGGCUCAAGAGUGUCAUCGGCAUGGGGACAGGAGCUGGUGCCUACAUCCUGACCCGAUUUGCACUCAACAACCCUGAGAUGGUGGAAGGCCUCGUGCUUAUGAAUGUGAAUCCCUGUGCAGAAGGCUGGAUGGACUGGGCGGCCUCCAAGAUCUCCGGGUGGACCCAAGCCCUGCCGGACAUGGUCGUGUCUCACCUCUUCGGCAAGGAAGAGAUUCACAGCAACGUGGAGGUGGUGCACACGUACCGUCAGCACAUCCUCAAUGACAUGAACCCCAGCAACCUACACCUCUUCAUCAGCGCCUACAACAGCCGGCGAGACCUGGAGAUCGAGCGGCCAAUGCCUGGAACCCACACCGUCACCCUGCAGUGCCCUGCUCUGCUGGUGGUUGGGGACAACUCUCCUGCUGUAGAUGCUGUGGUGGAAUGCAACUCCAAGUUGGACCCUACGAAGACCACCCUGCUGAAGAUGGCAGACUGUGGUGGCCUCCCUCAGAUCUCUCAGCCCGCCAAGCUUGCUGAGGCCUUCAAGUACUUUGUUCAGGGCAUGGGAUACAGGCCCCCGCAGCCGCUCCCACACCAGCGAGGAUGCCCGUCUCAAUAUCACCCCCAACUCGGGUGCCACCGGGAACAAUGCCGGGCCCAAGUCCAUGGAGGUGUCCUGCUAGGCAGUCUGUGCACCAGUCAUUCCUGGACUGUGAUCUCUCCCUUAGCCCCCAACCCCUGCCUGCCACCCUGCGCUAAUGCGGUAUUAAUCUAAAACUGCUUUUGUAAGAAUGAACUCUGGCGAUGGCAGACCCAAGAUGUUCAGGCUGCCUCCUGGGACCAGAGUGGGUGGUGGUGGACAAAGGCAAGAAGCAGUUCAGUGUUCUGUUCUGCUAACAAGUGGCCUGGUGGCCCCUCUCUCUACCCUCAGACGCCAAACUGCCAAAACUAAGAAACACAUAGCUGUAACACUGCCUGGCUCCAAGCCCAGGUUGAUCCAGCAUCCUGGUUCGCAGGCAUUUUGCCAGCACCCCCCCCUGCUUCCUGUUUCCUCCCCCACUAAACUCAUUCCUGGAAACAAACUUCUGAUUUGAAAGGGGAGCGAGGCAGGGAAGUUGGGCACCUUAUUUUAAGAAGGGAAAACAAGACAGAGAUUAAGAAGAGGCAGGAUCUAGGGCAGGUAGAAGGAAACCGAGUCCACGCAGUUCACUCGAAGGGACUGGCUUUAAAGUUUUGGAUGCUGAAACCCCACAGCCUGUUUUUUUUUUUUUUCUGGCAACCUUUUAA